AUGCAUGACGCCGGCGAAGGAGAGACCGCCGCAACAGACUCUGUCGCAGAGACGCUGCCACAAACCGGCAGCGGAGCGGCAAAUCCACUUAUCCAAGACAACGACGGCGACGAGGAUGACGAGAAUGGCCAGGCCGCAUGGUCCAAAUACGAAGCGUUGAAGGCCAAGGCAACAACGUUGUCGGCGGUCGAAAUGGAUGCAUUGGCGCAGUGGAAAUGGCUCAACGGACGACUUGGCGAAGCCAUCGAUAGCUACUUGGAACUGGCCCGGGCACAUCCCAAGUACCUCCACGUCCACUUCAAGCUGGGCUACCUAUACUUGAUCCUGCAAAACUACGAAUCUGCGAUUCAACACCUCACACUCGAAAUGGACAAGCAAGCACACUUGCCACCAUUGACGAACGUCCGCCGAGCUAAGAUCUUAGCCCGAAAGGCUUAUUUUUGGUGCAGUGCUGCCGGGCGCAUGGAGGCCCAUCAUUGCCUAAAACACGCUGACAAACAAGCCCUCGACGAGCGGUUGGCGGCGAGCGACGGAGGCAGUUCCACGGAAGGUUUGGUGGCCAUGGGCUGCCUGUAUCGACAGCUCGGGUUGCUCCAACGUGCCGAGUCGUGUUUUGAUCAAGCGUCGCAGCUCAAGCCGAAUGACCCGAGCUACUUGGUCGAGUACGGCAAGCUGCUUUUAUUGCAACGGCGGCCGGCACCAGCUCUUGGAAAGUUCAGCGAUUGCCGCCGAGUGGCACCAGCCCUGAGCGAGGACCUCUUUCAAGCGAUGCUGGGCGAGGCCGUCGCAAACAUGCGAUUGCAAAAGCCAUCAGCGGCCCAGAGCAUCUUGCAAAAGAUCAUCGACAGCCUGUCGCCCAUGGUCGAGCAAGGACUGGCGCCGCUCAUGAUGAACUCGGAGAUGGACCGCAUGACGAUACGUCAGAUCCUGCACCAAGCCAUCCACUGCCAAGGGUGCUGUGCGAUUCUCCAAGGCGACAUCCAAGGCGCACUCGAUGUAUACUACACCGUCGUCGCCGAAUUCGCCGAUUUUCAGUUGCCGGUCAUGUGCGUUACGCCAGGGGCACGGGACGCCAAAGGCCACCUCGUCGACACUGCCAUGUUUUCCACCGACAGAAUCGUCGACUUGCUCUUGUAUCUGGAUGAGAUUGAAUUGCGAUAUGGUCCCGACGCAUGCCUCUACUUUCACCGCGCCAACGUCUACCGCGCCCUCGGCGACUUGAAGAGCUUCAUCGACGACUUGACCAUGGUCGAGUCGUUGAAUCCGGUCUUCCUCCGCCACUACUUGGACCACGAUUGCUUCGGCGAUUUCUUGGACGAAGAAACCAUGACGUGGAUUCCGCUCGACAUGCUCGAGUCGAUUUGCGAACUCACCAAGCCGGUGCUGCCUGGAGUUGCACCGCCCGCGACCGUGUUCAUUGAAGCCGCGGUGCACCAGUACUUUGAAACGAGGCUGCACUACGAUCACGACGGCGAUCUGUACGCCCAAGUGUUUGCCAUCGAUUCGCUCCGCCGGUUGGAUUUGCAUGAGGAAGUUCCGCUCGCGAUGCACCGACUUCGCCAAGGCACUGGCAUCUCAUUCGACGACUCGCUAUGCCACUUGCAUCCGUCCGAUGCGUCGCCUACGGCCAAAUCCCGCAUCGAAGCACUGGUCAAGUCGCAUCCUUCGAAUCCGACCGUCCACUUUGUCGCAGCUCUUGUCCACAUGUCCGAACUUCGCCUGGAUCGCGCCCACCACCACUUGACGCAAUGCGUCCAAGAAAUCAACAAAGUGCUCAACAAGAUGAACGAGGCGUGGAAGGUCCAAGGACAGGAAGCGGCCAGCGCCACAGACGCCGUCGCCAGGUGGUCGUUUCUAGGCCACGUUCGGGCGAAAUAUCACGCGCUGGUUUGGCGAUCGGUUGUGCUGCAACUGAAUUUGCACGCGAAUGAAGCGGUCGGAGACAUGCGUGCAGCGAUGGCGCUGCUGCCGACGGAGCCACACGCAAUGUUUGUGAAGGCAUGCAUGAUGGUGCACUACGGCCAGCUCGCAAACGCGAUCGCGCCGCUUCGAGAGGGUUUUGCGUGCUUAAGGCGCGACGGCCGCGCCAAGAAUCUGGCUGUGUGCAUGGAUUACAUUCGAUUUGCAGGCAUGAACUCGUUCUCGCUCUUGCCGCAGGAACUCAAGCGCGAAGGACCGGAUCCACGAGAACCCGACGACGACGACGAUCGUUUGCGCCGGCAAAACGCGAGCGCCGACACCCGCGGCGGCACCGUGUUGUAUGCGAAUGCGCUCGACAAACUAUACGAAGCCGGCGUGCUCAAGUUGUCGAAAGGCCACAUUCGGGGGGCGCUCCAGUACUUUGAAUCGAUUGUCUCGAUCAAGGACUCGUACGUGAGCCCUGCCAUCCACGCCAUGUUGGACUUGCACAAGUGCAAGGACUCGCGCGUUGUGGACGAAAAGGUGUUUGCUUGCCACCAACAGCUCUCGCACCGCGCCGUCCGCUUCCACGAAGUGACCUCGCUCCCGUUUGAAGGAUUCAAGGACAUGUCGGCAUGCAUUGCGUACUACCCUCACGACAUGGACAUGUAUUGGUAUCGCGGCCACUUGCACCGGCGCUACCACAACUACUCGGCUGCCAUUGACGAUUUCACGUCGUGCAUUUUGCUCACGCUCCACUUGGGCAAACCAAAAGGCGCUCACUUGCAUCGGUACAAGAAGAUGGUGCUGGCGAGGGCGACCAUGUAUGUGCACGAGAUGCAAUGGGAGCUCGCCCUCGACGACUUGAACGAGGUGCUGCAUUAUGCGCUGCGCGACACGCAGGUCGAAGCCUCGUUCUUGCUGCACGUGUACGACAAGCGCAGCAAGGUGCUCGUAGCUCUCAAGCAAUACGAUGCCGCGAUCGUGGAGAUGGAGACCGUGCUCGCGCUAUCGAAAGACCACAUCGAAUGGAACGACAACUCGCUGCUCAACAUGCUCCUCCUCGCAAACCUGCACUGCCAUGCCGCAAUAGAAUAUCAAAAACGGCAUCACGCUGGCAUGUACACAACGUUUUUGUUUCCAACCAAGGCAAGCGGCGCAGAUCCAUCGCUCCACCUUCCUGCAACCACCUCGCUGCGCAAAGCGCACGAGUAUUACAACCAAGUGCUAGACCAGCGGCCGACGUUUCCGCUUGCGCUCUUCCUCAAAGGGCGCAUGCACGCGCUGCUGGGGGAAAAUUCCAUGGCGUUGGAUAUGUGGACCAAGUGCCUCAGGCAAGAUGCCAAGUUUUUGGUUGCGAAUUUCCUCAAAGGAAGUUUGCGAGCGCAGCAGUGCUUGCCCGACCUGGCGCUGGCCGAGUUUUUAACGAUUCGAAACCAACUCCCCGAGUACCCCCACGUCCAAAUGUCGAUCGGGUACUGCUACUACCUCCAAGGCAACGUCAAGCGAGCGGUCGUGGAGCUCACGGAAGCACUGGCCCAAAACCCCGCCGACGUCGACGCGUGGUACACCCGUGGCGUGUGCCUCCAAGAACUGCUCGCGUUGUCAUCGGCGAUCGCCGACUUUGGGCGCGCCGUGGCGCUGCAACCCACCCACUGGCGCGCGUGGUAUCAGAGGGGAAUGUGCCACCUCUUGCUCAAGGAUUAUACGAGCGCCCUGCUCGACUUUGGCAAAGCAGCGCCACAUUUACGUGACGGCUACGCCGCCAUCGGCUACGUAUACUUUUGCCGGGACAUGUUCCUGGAGGCUAGCCAAGCGUACUCGCGGUGCUUGGACGAGCGGACCAACGAUGCCAAGAUUCUGCUGUACCGCGGCUUUUCGCACUACAGGCACGGCGAGCGCACCCUCGCGAUGCGCGACUUUGAAAAAGCGUUGAAAAUCGACUCGUCGUGCUGGUUUGGCCACUUUAUCAAGGCAUAUGUGCACCAAGAAGAAGGUCACGGGGACAAAGCGAUGGCGUCGAUUGCGCUGUGCAUGGACCACUUCAAGCACGUGCGACCGUUUGCCGAGAUCAUCCUGCCCGUGCACGCCGACCGCGCCAACCCGUUCUUUCACGGACGGCUCGACGCGACGCUGGAGAAGCUCAAGGGUCUUGCGCUGCCUCAGCCGAGUCAAGGCAGCGCCGGGCCUUUGACGACAGGUCGUCCCGCCAGCAAUCUCGACCGCAUGCAGUGGCAAGAGAUUCACGUGUGGUGGCUUGCUAUCGUAGCGAACCGGGCGCAUCUCCGCGCGACCUUUGCCAAAGCUGUCCGCCGCGUGCUGUUCCAGUCGCGCGUGGUAUUGGCGCUGGAAAAGUUUGCUGUCCAAGCCACGUUGGCGUCGAUCACGUUGUCGAAACAAAUCGACAAACUCACGGAAAUGCAAGUCAUUGCGCCGCCACAAGGCACGUUUAGUCCUGGCGCAGUCGCAUGGGCGUACAACCUCGUCGGCGUCCUCUCGGCCACGCACGCCAAGUGGGACGAUGCCUUGCGCAACUUUACCAUGGCGAUCCGCGCCGCGCCAACCAAGCCGAUUCCGCACUUGAACCGGGGCAACGUGUACAUGCAAAUGAACGCGAUCGAGAAAGCCCUGCACGAAUUCCGGGAAGCGCUCAAAGUGGACCCGGCCCACGUCGCAACCCUGACGAAUGCCGCGCUGGCGCUGCGCCAACUGUCUCAAUUGGAGGAAUCGUGCCGGCAACUCUACGCGGCAGUCGGGACGCAAGACGUGGCGCCGGCCGCCUUGGCGCACGUCCCUCCACAUCAUCAGCAACUCUUGUACUAUGCCCUUGCCAACGUCGUGCGGGAGCUCAACCGAAACGACGAAGCCAUCGAAUGGUACACAAAGGCGGCCAUGAUAGAAACGUCGGACCACGUGCACCUCGCCGUGCGUCACAAUCGCGGGGCGACCAUGCAUGCGCAGCGCAAGUUCCAACGAGCGUUGGACGAUUACUCGGUCGCGCUGUCGCUGCAGCCGCAAUCGUUUGAAACGCGCAUGAACCGCGCCGCGGUCUACAUCACAACAUCCAAGUGCUUUGACGCGUUGCAAGACUUGCGCGUAGCUGCGUCGCUCCAGCGCGACUCGGCAGCGUGUAGUCGGCUCCUGCGCUUCUGCGAUCGGUGGACGUCCGCGCUCAAGGUCGCGUGCUACGACUUUUUGUACGCGUUCAGCGCCGUGCCUUGCUUUCAAGACGUUGACAUCACGUCCGCCGCGCCGCUUUUUGACAACUACAUGUUUCGAUUCGAGCACUUGAGCCAUCCCAACCACCCAUCACGUCGAGCCCUCGAGGCCAUGCUGGACGCUACCGACUCGCCCGACCUCCCCGACCUCCUCUAUGACGCACUCAUGCACAUCCAGCAAGGCUCGUAUGCCGACGCACAGCGCGCGCUGUUGAUCGCCAAGUACUCCAGCCACAUAAGCGUUCACGAGGAGCAGGCAUGCCUCGUGUGGAGCGCGCAGAUCUCGCACCACCUUGGCGAUACGCCCGCCGCCAUCGCGGCCAUGGAGCAAGCGCUGCAGCGCGGGCCAGUCUUGUCAAGCUCGUCGUCGACGGUCGUUCCGCUCGACGAGGACGACAUGAAUGAAGCGCCAGGCAGCACGUCAGUGUGUGGCUCAGACGACAUCUUGAUUCAAAACAGCAUGCGAUCCGACAUGGAAACGUACUUGGGCUGUCUCCUGCGCCACCAAGGGCGCACCGCCGACGCCACGACGGCAUUUGAGAACGCGAUUCGACUUGGACCGGCCAACGCCAUCGCCCUCUUUAACGCUGCUAGCAUCUACCACCACAACGGGGACUACUCGUCGAUGCUAGAUAUGCUGCACAAAAUCUUUUCCGUGAUGGUGGCCGCCUUGGACGUCCUGGAGAAAACACCCCAACCGAGCCCUGGACUCAAAGACGGAGCGCCUUUGUUGUACAUGCCCCGUGACUUGGCCACAACGUUUCCGCGCUUGCCAGUGCUGGCCACGUCGACGGCGCUGCCCAUCUGCCGUGCGAUCCAGACUGUGAUGAACGAGUACCGGGGGAACCUCACGUGCGAUGUCGCUAAGCACGUGAGCCAUUUGUGUGUGCUUCAAGGUCAAUUGGCAACGCACGUGGAAGCACUGCGCGACGCGGUCAAACCCGCGCCGGACACUGCUGCGACCGCCAGGACACCGCCACUGCUACAGUCUGCCGAGUCCUCACGGUCCCUUGUACGAAACAGCGUCAGCGGCAGCCGGCGAAACAUUCUUCGCCGAUCUUCUGCACGACGUCUGUGGAAGCCCGAAGAAGUGGCGACACUCAACCUGGCCGACUUUAAUGCCGCCAUUGCGAAAUGCACCGCCGAGAUGAUUCAACGACCGGAUGUGCCCGUGAACGACGACGUCUUGGCCGACUACGUCGCACAAUACGAUCGCGUGUGCGCGUUCAUCAACACGGCCAGCGCGCCCAACGCACCCGUGUCGCCCCUCACGCGCGAUUAUUCACGUGCAAUGCUGUGUCGUGAUGGAAGUAUGAGCUCGGGGCUGUCUCGAAGCGGAAGCGUGACAGGGACUGCGAUGGCGACGAUGUUGACCCGACAUGGACCGACGAGUGCGCGGGCGCUCGUGGCUCGAGAUGAAACUAGCAGCGAUGCACCCACCAAAGGGCCGCUUGGGGCGGCCUAUGACAACGCAGCUGCCUCGCCGACUACCUUCCACUCGACAACCUCCUCCUUCAUGCCUCAGGGGUCCUCCAUCGCUGAGUGAACUCGACAAAAUCUUCGUCGAUGUCGCCGCAUUGGGAGUAUUACUACACAUAUACUAAACAGUGG